AUGGCUUAUGAGGAUGAUGUAGGAACCCUCCUACGUCAAGGCUACCAGACUGAUCCAGAUGGACAGAGUGUAAAUAUGACCCAAAUUGCAGACUCGAUCCGACGUGACAUUUUAACACAGAAGGUAACAUUCUCAGGGUCAUUUGACGAAAAUAGUCAGGUUGAAUCAGUGCCUCAGUCACUUCUGUCGCUUGUCAGCAUGCUCAUCAAUGGAUCAAAUAUUACGGAUCAGACAUGCAACAAGAACCUCAGUCAACCAGUGCUUACCAUCGCUCAGCUGUUAGUUUUCAGCAGCAUCAAGAGGCGCAGAGACUAUAGUAAAAUACAACAUGUCUAUCACGGCAAAGAUCAUGAGACGCCUUACCCGUCUACAUGGGACUUAAGGCCCAUGCAUUAA